CGAGCAAUCCGGGCCGCGAAGUAGUCCUCCUUCUCCUCGACUCGACUCGAACACUCGGUCAGGUCCUCCUUGAAGAGCUCUUGCCAUGAGGGUCUUCUCCGUCGGGUUGGUGACAGCGACGCUGCUGUGCACCUGGAGCGAUGUCAGUGCCAGGAUAGCACCAAAGAGCAGGUUUAUCGGCUUUCGUCAAGUGACACUGAAUCCAGAUCAGGCUCAAACCUACCCCAGUGGUGGUGUUGGUCCCCGUCAGGUGACACUGAACCCAGAUCAGGCUCAGACCUAUCCCAGUGGAGGUGUUGGUCCCCGUCAGGUGACACUGAACCCAGAUCAGGCUCAAACCUACCCCAGUGGAGCUGCUGGCCCACGCAUGGGAGUGGCACCACAGUUUGAAAAUAGAGCUGCAGUAGAAUGCGGUUCUUACUACGUAGCUCCGGGUUCUUCCAAGACAUUCCAGUCAAAGAAGUACCCCAAUAACUACCCUGGUGGUAAGAGGUGCACAUGGAAAUUCCGCACUUCUGUCGAUUCAACGUUGAGCAUCCAGUGUGACGAUUUCAAUCUGCAACAGUCGACCAAAUGCAGAAAGGAUUUCUUCCGGGUCAAGGAUUCCUCUGGUUUUAAACAAAAAUACUGCGGUGCCAAGGGUUCUCUGAGCGUUUCUGAUAAAUCUAGGAGAGUUACCGUUUUGUUCAAAACAAACAAGAAGAAAUCUAAUACAGGAUUUUCCUGCUCUGUCAGAGCUUCAGUGCCAGACUCCCAAACAACAACUGUAGACCCUCAGCCAACUUCAGAAUGCACUGGAUGUGGCCAAGUGAACCGUGCCAACCGCAUUGUUGGUGGAGUAGAGACAGAAGUGAACGAAUAUCCGUGGAUGGUUUCUCUUGUGAACGGCAAUGGAUACUAUCACUUCUGUGGCGGUUCUAUCAUCUCCAGCCAAUGGGUGGUCACUGCAGCUCACUGUGCAGCUGUCAUGAGCACCUCGGAUUAUGUGUUGGUGGGAGACCACAACCUGUACUCAUCAAGCGAUGCCAAUUCUCAGUGGAUGCAGAUUGCCGAAAUUGUGAGUCAUCCGUCCUAUGAUUCUAAUACAUUGGACAACGACAUUGCCCUCAUCAGACUCACAACAGAAAUACAGUUCCCAUCUGACAACAAAAUCGCCCCUGUGUGCCUUCCAACAGCUGGUGAAAUGUACGAUAAUGUGGAUGCCACAAUCACAGGAUGGGGAGCUCAACAGGAGGGAGGAUCCACAUCCGGAACCUUGUUCGAGGUAACAGUGCCCACCAUGCCUAACACCGAAUGCAACAACAAGUAUGGAGGAAGCAUUACUGACAACAUGAUCUGCGCAGGCAUUCCUGAGGGUGGCAAGGACUCCUGUCAAGGAGACUCUGGAGGACCAAUGGUGGUGGAAGAAAAUGGCAAGUGGAAGCUGGUGGGAGUUGUAUCGUGGGGUUAUGGCUGUGCUCGCCCUGAAAAGCCCGGAGUCUACGCCAGAGUUACAAAAUAUUUGCAAUGGAUUUCUGACUCUACAACCGGUGUCUGUGUCGAUGGGAACGCACCUGCUCCAACUAAUGCCCCGACGCCUGCUCCUACUCCUGCACCCACGCCUGCUCCUACUCCUGCACCUACGCCUGCCCCUACAUCUGCACCCAAUUCUGACUGCCCUGGAUGUGGACAAGUGAACCGUGCCAACCGCAUUGUUGGUGGAGUAGAGACAGAGGUGAACGAAUAUCCCUGGAUGGUUUCUCUUGUCAACGGCAAUGGAUACUAUCAUUUCUGUGGCGGUUCUAUCAUCUCCAGCCAAUGGGUCGUCACUGCAGCUCACUGUGCAGCUGUCAUGAGCACCUCGGAUUAUGUGUUGGUGGGAGACCACAACCUGUACUCAUCAAGCGAUGCCAAUUCUCAGUGGAUGCAGAUUGCUGAAAUUGUGAGUCAUCCGUCCUAUGAUUCUAAUACACUGGACAACGACAUUGCCCUCAUCAGACUUACCACAGAAAUACAGUUCCCAUCUGACAACAAAAUCGCCCCUGUGUGCCUUCCAACAGCUGGUGAAAUGUAUAAUGAUGUGAAUGCCACAAUCACAGGAUGGGGAGCACAACAGGAGGGAGGGUCCACAUCCGGCACCUUGUUCGAGGUAACAGUGCCCACCAUGACUAACACCGAAUGCAAUAACAAGUAUGGAGGAAGCAUCACUGACAACAUGAUCUGCGCAGGCAUUCCUGAGGGAGGCAAGGACUCCUGUCAGGGAGACUCUGGAGGACCAAUGGUGGUGGAAGAAAACGGCAAGUGGAAACUGGUGGGAGUUGUGUCAUGGGGUUAUGGCUGUGCUCGACCUGAAAGGCCCGGAGUCUAUGCAAGAGUUACACAAUAUUUGCAAUGGAUUUCUGACUCUACAACCGGUGUCUGUGUUGAUGGAAACACACCUGCUCCUACUAAUGCCCCGACGCCUGCUCCUACCAAUGCUCCGACGCCUGCUCCUACUUCUGCUCCCAGUUCUGACUGCCCUGGAUGCGGACAAGUGAACCGUGCCAACCGCAUUGUUGGUGGAGUAGAGACAGAGGUGAACGAAUAUCCGUGGAUGGUUUCUCUUGUGAACGGCAAUGGAUACUAUCACUUCUGUGGCGGUUCUAUCAUCUCCAGCCAAUGGGUGGUCACUGCAGCUCACUGUGCAGCUGUCAUGAGCACCUCGGAUUAUGUGUUGGUGGGAGACCACAAUCUGUACUCAUCAAGCGAUGCCAAUUCUCAGUGGAUGCAGAUUGCUGAAAUUGUGAGUCAUCCGUCCUAUGAUUCUAAUACAUUGGACAACGACAUUGCCCUCAUCAGACUUACCACAGAAAUACAGUUCCCAUCUGACAACAAAAUCGCCCCUGUGUGCCUUCCAACAGCUGGUGAAAUGUAUAAUAAUGUGGAUGCUACAAUCACAGGAUGGGGAGCUCAACAGGAGGGAGGAUCCACAUCCGGCACCUUGUUCGAGGUAACAGUGCCCACCAUGACUAACACUGAAUGCAAUAACAAGUAUGGAGGAAGCAUCACUGACAACAUGAUCUGCGCAGGCAUUCCUGAGGGAGGCAAGGACUCCUGUCAGGGAGACUCUGGAGGACCAAUGGUGGUGGAAGAAAACGGCAAGUGGAAACUGGUGGGAGUUGUGUCGUGGGGUUAUGGCUGUGCUCGACCUGAAAGGCCCGGAGUCUACGCCAGAGUUACACAAUAUUUACAAUGGAUUUCUGACUCUACAACUGGUGUCUGUGUUGAUGGAAACACACCUGCUCCUACUAAUGCCCCGACGCCUGCUCCUACUCCUGCACCCACGCCUGCUCCAACUUCUGCUCCCGAUUCUGACUGCCCUGGAUGUGGACAAGUGAACCGUGCCAACCGUAUUGUUGGUGGAGUAGAGACAGAGGUGAACGAAUAUCCGUGGAUGGUUUCUCUUGUGAACGGUAAUGGAUACUAUCACUUCUGUGGCGGUUCUAUCAUCUCCAGCCAAUGGGUGGUCACUGCAGCUCACUGUGCAGCUGUCAUGAGCACCUCGGAUUAUGUGUUGGUGGGAGACCACAAUCUGUACUCAUCAAGCGAUGCCAAUUCUCAGUGGAUGCAGAUUGCUGAAAUUGUGAGUCAUCCGUCCUAUGAUUCUAAUACAUUGGACAACGACAUUGCCCUCAUCAGACUCACAACAGAAAUACAGUUCCCAUCUGACAACAAAAUCGCCCCUGUGUGCCUUCCAACAGCUGGUGAAAUGUACGAUAAUGUGGAUGCCACAAUCACAGGAUGGGGAGCUCAACAGGAGGGAGGAUCCACAUCCGGCACCUUGUUCGAGGUAACAGUGCCCACCAUGCCUAACACCGAAUGCAACAACAAGUAUGGAGGAAGCAUUACUGACAACAUGAUCUGCGCAGGCAUUCCUGAGGGAGGCAAGGACUCCUGUCAGGGAGACUCUGGAGGACCAAUGGUGGUGGAAGAAAAUGGCAAGUGGAAGCUGGUGGGAGUUGUGUCAUGGGGUUAUGGCUGUGCUCGCCCUGAAAGGCCCGGAGUCUACGCCAGAGUUACAAAAUAUUUGCAAUGGAUUUCUGACUCUACAACCGGUGUCUGUGUUGAUGGUAACACACCUGCUCCUACUAAUGCCCCGACGCCUGCUCCUACUCCUGCACCCACGCCUGCCCCUACAUCUGCACCCAAUUCGCCUGCCCCAACAUCUGCACCCAAUUCUGACUGCCCUGGAUGUGGACAAGUCAAUCGUGCCAACCGCAUUGUUGGUGGAGUAGAGACAGAGGUGAACGAAUAUCCCUGGAUGGUUUCUCUUGUAAACGGCAAUGGAUACUAUCAUUUCUGUGGCGGUUCUAUCAUCUCCAGCCAAUGGGUGGUCACUGCAGCUCACUGUGCAGCUGUCAUGAGCACCUCGGAUUACGUGUUGGUGGGAGACCACAACCUGUACUCAUCAAGCGAUGCCAAUUCUCAGUGGAUGCAGAUUGCUGAAAUUGUGAGUCAUCCGUCCUAUGAUUCUAAUACAUUGGACAACGACAUUGCCCUCAUCAGACUCACCGCAGAGAUACAGUUCCCAUCUGACAACAAAAUCGCCCCUGUGUGCCUUCCAACAGCUGGUGAAAUGUAUGAUAAUGUGGAUGCCACAAUCACAGGAUGGGGAGCACAACAGGAGGGAGGAUCCACAUCGGGUACCUUGUUCGAAGUAACAGUGCCCACCAUGACGAACACUGAAUGCAAUAACAAGUAUGGAGGAAGCAUCACUGAUAACAUGAUAUGCGCAGGCAUUCCUGAGGGAGGCAAGGACUCCUGUCAGGGAGACUCUGGAGGACCAAUGGUGGUGGAAGAAAACGGCAAGUGGAAGCUGGUGGGAGUUGUAUCGUGGGGUUAUGGCUGUGCUCGACCUGAAAGGCCCGGAGUCUAUGCGAGAGUUACACAAUAUUUGCAAUGGAUUUCUGACUCUACAACCGGUGUUUGUGUUGAUGGAAACACACCUGCUCCUACUAAUGCCCCGACGCCUGCUCCUACUUCUGCUCCCAGUUCUGACUGCCCUGGAUGUGGCCAAGUGAACCGUGCCAACCGUAUUGUUGGUGGAGUAGAGACAGAGGUAAACGAAUAUCCGUGGAUGGUUUCUCUUGUGAACGGCAAUGGAUACUAUCACUUCUGUGGCGGUUCUAUCAUCUCCAGCCAAUGGGUGGUCACUGCAGCUCACUGUGCAGCUGUCAUGAGCACCUCGGAUUAUGUGUUGGUGGGAGACCACAACCUGUACUCAUCAAGCGAUGCCAAUUCUCAGUGGAUGCAGAUUGCCCAAAUUGUGAGUCAUCCGUCCUAUGAUUCUAAUACAUUGGACAACGACAUUGCCCUCAUCAGACUCACCGCAGAGAUACAGUUCCCAUCUGACAACAAAAUCGCCCCUGUGUGCCUUCCAACAGCUGGUGAAAUGUAUGAUAAUGUGGAUGCCACAAUCACAGGAUGGGGAGCUCAACAGGAGGGAGGAUCCACAUCGGGUACCUUAUUCGAAGUAACAGUGCCUACCAUGACUAACACUGAAUGCAAUAGCAAGUAUGGUGGAAGCAUUACUGACAACAUGAUCUGCGCAGGCAUUUCUGAGGGAGGCAAGGACUCAUGUCAGGGAGACUCUGGAGGACCAAUGGUAGUGGAAGAAAACGGCAAGUGGAAGCUGGUGGGAGUUGUGUCGUGGGGUUAUGGCUGUGCUCGACCUGAAAGGCCCGGAGUCUACGCCAGAGUUACACAAUACCUUGACUGGAUUUCGACCUCGACCGGAGGUGUCUGUCCGACGACUGGUUAAUCCGCCCAUUGGAAAGCCUAGUAGAAGCCUAAGCUGGGUCCAGGAACACGCGUCCGACGGCACGGCAUAGACAAGAGGCUGAAUUGCGGAUAUAAUGCCUUUAUUCCUCUCCUUCACGUUUUCUUUCAUUUAGCCCGGUUUUCUUUCUUUGUCCUGAUUCCUUUUUCUGGGUUAACUAAGGAAGUGACAAUAAAUUGGUCAUGAUUC